AAAGCACAAACAAAACACCUUUUCCUCUUCUCCAAUCCUCACGCAAUUCCCUCGCGCUUCUUUCCCCACUGGACUUAUUGCUGACCGGAGAUCACGUGUGCUUCCGUUACUUCUUCGAUUCCCCUCCAAUGGCACCGUCGACCUCAAUUGCCUCCGACCUGCCUGAUUCCGAUCCUGAUGAAUGCGUCUCCCGUGCGGAAUUUGAAGAGGAAGAGUACGAAGAAGAGGAAGAACUAGAAGAAGAAGUGGAGGAAGAGGUGAGUGGUCCUGACGCAUGCGAAAUUGAUCCCGGAGUGGAUGACGAAGAAGAAGAGGAGGUAGAAGAGUAUGAGGAGAUAGAAGAGGAAGUAGAGGAAGAAGAAGAGGUAGAAGAGGAGGUAGAGGAAGAAGAAUUGGUAGAAGAAGAGGAGGAAGAAGAAGUAGUAGAAGAAGACGAAGUGGUAGAAGAGGAGGAAGAAGAAGAUGUGGCAGAAGGAGUUGCGGAAGGCGAAGAACAAGAGGUGUCAGAAGGAGUUGCGGAAGGUGAAGAACAAGUUGCGGGAGACGAAGAACAAGAGGUGGUGGAAGGAAUUGCGGAAGGCGAAGAACAAGUUGCGGGAAGCAAAGAAGAAAAGGUGGUAGAGGGAGUUGCGGAAAGCGGAGAACAAGUUGUGCAAGCUGAAGAACAAGAGGAAGUGGAUAUGGAUAUAGAAUCGUCCGAGGAAGCCGUAGAUGAAUCGCAAGAUAUCAGUCGAGAUAUGAAGGUCAACGAGAUUGAAUCACAACUGAAACCUCAAGGCUCCACGAACAUGGUUCCAUUUCCUUACCAUGUGGAUCAUAUUGCCAGUGAUUCCACAUUUUCUGGUCCUUCAAAUGCACCGCUGGCAAUGCAAGGUGCCAAUUCAGUUAUGAACAAUGGGCAUUCUAAGCAUCUUGAAGAUGGAAAGGGUUCAAAUGCUUCUGGUGAUAGGAAUGAGGUAUGUAAGGAGGAAGUCAUGGCUACUAAGCCUUCUAAGGAAUCAUGUAUUAGAGAUGUGCCGAACUUCCUAGGAGCGAGGGAUAAUGUCGAUAAGAUUGCAGAACAAGUUCAGCAUACACCAGUGCCUUCAGACAAUGGGGUCCAACAGUCAGUUUUGAGUCUUUCCAGAUCCAGGAAUCGAAGUGUAUCACCAUCUCCAGAAUUGAACAAUGUGAACAAACGCCAAGCAGUCAUAUGUGACUUUUUCGCCAAAGGGUGGUGCAUAAAAGGGAGCUCAUGUAGAUUUCUUCACGUAAAGAGCAAACCCAGCGAGUCGGGAGGAAAACAGGCCGAGGGAGAUGCAGCUGUGGCAAGUUCAAGUGGGGAAAAGGUUAAUGAAGGCGCCGCUAACAUUAGGCCAAGGUUGCAUGAUCUCAAAGAACCACCGUUUGGUUUAGCCGGAAAAGGUGCUAUCGCUUCCCGUUUUUCUUUCGAUAGCCAAAUGGCUGCCCAGAUGGGAGCAAAACCAAUAUCCUCCUCAUCCAUCCAGUUAGAGGAUUUACCUGGUGGCAUCACCCUCAAUUCCCGUCAGUUUCUUGGAUCAAAAGAUGCUCCUGUGUUUUCUGCUGCCAUUAAGGAUGUUAGAACAGAAAAUCUGACUGGAGGCUGGCCUCCUAAUGACCAUGGAAGCCAUGCAUUUCCUUUUAAUGGAGGAAGUUCCUUUUUGCUUAACGAUUCCUUGCUAAAUAGAUGUUCUUCAAGUGGCUCAGCUGGGAAGUCAAGAACCUACCACAGCAAGGAUUCACAUUUGUCAAUGAACAAUUUAGACAAUUCAACACGCCAAAGGAGUGGCUGCAUGGAUGAUGAUUGUGUUGGCACUACUUCUAGUAGUGAACAUAAACAGAAGGUUCCGUGUGAUGAAUGGGAACCAUCUGUACCUUUCCAACCAUCUUUCUUGAUUACACCUGUUCUAUCAUCCCCAGGAAGGAAAUAUGAUCCUUUACGUGAUAGCAACGACUUGCAUAGUGGGGUAGUCAAAUCCCUCAAGUUCUCUUUUAUCAGCAACAGAUUCUCCACACAGAAAGCUUCACGUCAAGCAACAAAUGGUGCUUCCUUCCCGAAUGGCGACAGGAGUUCUGCACCUUUUGAUAGCAGGUUACACGGGAGUUCCUCAGCUAACAAUGUCGGUCCACCUGAAAAAGACACCUUCAACAAAACUGGAGGAGCGGUGAUGGACAUUGAUGACGGUUUGGCAGAUGAUCAGAGUGGCACCAUGCCGAAAGAAGAAAUUGCCUCUGUUAGCAAUCAGUUAGAUGUUGAUGAAAAGCCUAGAAGUGAUGGGUCGAGAUGCCAAAACAACUUUACGGCGGAUAACUUGGAUGAUGGUGGAAAGAUGGAUCAGGAAGUGCAGAAAGAAUCGAGAUCCGCAAGACACUUCCGUACUGCUCUGAUUGAUUGUGUUAAAGAAUUACUGAAACCAACAUGGCGUGAAGGCCAUCUGAGUAAGGAUGCACACAACACCAUAGUUAGAAAGUCGGUUGAGAAGGUUAUCAGUACCAUGCAAUCAAAUCAGGUCCCGACUACUCCGGAGUCGAUUAAACACUAUCUUCAUUUUUCACGCACAAAGAUUGCAAAACUUGUGGAGGGGUAUUCUUCUAGGUAUGGAAAAUCUUGAGAUGGUGGUAGUCAGAAUGGGAUGCUUCCUAAUGUACAGUUCCCAGAGAUGCUAGUGUUGAAAUGCAGCAAAAAGAAAUCUCGGUUUCCAGUUCUUGGGACAUUGAAAAUGGAAAUUAACUGGACUUUCAGGCCUAUUUAUCGCAGUGGACAAACGUGCUGAUAAUGAAUCUAGUGAUAUUUAAAGGACCCAGGUUUGCUCACAAGUGUAACUUUUGUACACUAGUUCAUUUCUUCAUGAAAUCCAUCUGAAGAGUGCCUUCGUCGUUUGAGUAUCCAUUUUUGACCCCGUCCUUUUCCAGUUGCCUUACUAGAACUCAACAAAGUUUCUGGUUAACAACUAUCUAUUUUGUUUGUUGUGCUGCACAUCACACAAAUUACUUCAUUUUGUUUAGUAGAAGGAGUACUCCAAAAUUCGGGGGUCUUUAUAUUAAACC